GUCAGCGUGCUACACCUAAUCAUUGCAUCAACCUGCAGUUGUACGCUUGGCCUGCAUAUUAUUUCAUGUUUGCGUUCAUAGCUCGAAAGGAAGAAGAACAGCGGUAUGCUGAUCAACCGUAUGCUAUAAGCGCAUAAAGCGAUUGUCAUCCGAGUCUCUGCUCACGAGUCGACUCUGCACUCCUCCUGAGAAGAAACAUGGCGCAGAAAGCAUACCGGCUAAGGUGUUCUCUAGUUGGACAUUCUAUGGAUGUGAGAGCUGUUGCUGCCGCACACUCAUCGGAUGGAGCUGUUGCAACUGGAUCAAGAGAUCGAACGACGCGCCUGUGGAUUCCAAAUGAGAUUGGUCCAGGAUAUUUUGAAAGCCAGUGUCUGACAGGGCCAACUAACUUUGUGGCAAGUGUCUGCGCUGUUUCUCCAUCGGACCAGCAUCCAUCUGGUCUCAUUUUGGUCGGCAGCAAUGACUGCUGCAUAUACUGCUUCAGCCCCGAAUCUCCACAGCCCCUGUACAAGUUGCUCGGACAUAGUGGCGUUGUGUGUGCCUUAGCUGCUGGACAGUUUGGAACCCUCUUAAGUGGUUCCUGGGAUCGUACAGCCCGUGUGUGGUUUGGCCAGAAGUGCAUGCUUACCCUCGAGGGACAUCAGGGGCCUGUGUGGGCCGUACAGAUCCUCCCCAAGCAGGGUCUCAUGCUCACCGGUUCGGCAGAUAAGACUGUACGCCUGUGGCGAGCCGGAAAGUGUGAACGCGUGUUUACGGGUCACGAAGACUGCGUUCGAGGCUUAGCAAUACUCUCCAACAUGGAGUUUCUGUCCUGCUCAAACGACUGCACCAUUCGCCACUGGGCGGCCACGGGUGACUGCUUACAUGUGUACACGGCACAUACCAACUUUGUCUACUCUGUCAGCGUGCUGCCCGACAGCGUUGAUGAGUUUGUGAGCUGUGGAGAGGACAGGACUGUACGUGUCUGGUCCCACGGAGAAUGCGUGCAGACUAUUCGUCUGCCUGCGCAGUCCAUCUGGUCGGUUGCCUGCCUCGCCAACGGAGACAUUGUCGUUGGAUCAAGUGACGGUGUGGCACGAGUGUUUACGAGGCACCCCAACCUGUAUGCCUCCGCGCAAGAGCAACGUGAAUUGGAGGAAGAAGUUUCAAAGUCUGCUCUACCUGCACAGGAGAUAGGUGACAUAAAAAUAAACGAGCUCCCGGGCAAAGAGGCACUUCAAGAGAGAGGCAAGCGUGAUGGACAGACAAUCCUGGUUCGUGACGGAGGAGUGGUAUCGGCGUACCAGUGGGUGGCCGUCGAUAAUGAAUGGCAGAAAAUUGGAGACGUGGUAGGAACACCGAAUGCCGACACUCCUGCUGGGAAGGUCACCUUCGAGGGGAAGGAGUAUGAUUACGUAUUUGAUGUCGACCUGGAUGAUGGCUCCAAAAUGAAGCUUCCGUACAACCUGUCCGAAGACCCAUGGUUUGCAGCCCAGGCAUUCAUACACCGGCAUAAUUUGAGCCAGUACUACUUGGACCAAGUUGCCAAUUUCAUCAUGCAGAACACUAAAGGCAUGGUGAUGGAAACUACGGCGCCCAGUGUGUCUGACCCUUUUACAGGUGGAUCCAGGUAUAUUCCAGGCACUGCGCCACGCCCUGGCACCGCUCCGGACGUAGCCGCAAGCGUAGCACAGAGACCUUCCAUGGAAAAUGACGCUGCAGCAGGUGAUACAACAGUCGGAGGGCACUUCUUUCCGCAAACAAACUUCUUGCGCUUCGACGUUGCCAACACUCAAGGGAUUCUCUCCAAGCUCAGAGAAUUCAACGGACAGGUGCCUCUGGAAGAUACGUUGACGGACGAUGCUCUUACGCGGCUGAUGAUGCUUGCAACGGCUUCUUGCAGUCCUGACGAUGAGCAGAUGGCUGCACUUGAGAAGGUCAUUCACUGGCCGCACGAGUUUGUCUUCCCUGCUCUGGACCUGCUUCGUCUCGCCCUACGAGGCCCCGACGUAAGCCGUCGCGUGUGUGAGCUAGGAGGAUCUCAACUGUGCUCCCACCUUCUGGCUAUCCUCAGUGCUGCUGGCAGUUCUCCCGCCAAUCAGAUGCUGUCCCUCCGUUCCCUCUGCAACCUCUUCUCGCAGCCGAGCGGAGAGGCGCUCGCGCUUCAAGAGAGGACCAGAGUCUUGACCACUGCGCAGAGGCGCGCUGCAGCGGGCAGUACGGCAAACAAGAACACUCAAAUCGCGCUAGCAACGUUGUUACUCAACUACGCUGUGGCGUUCUGCCGUGCAUCGCGCUGUGAGGAAACGCUCGAGGGAAUGAUGCAACUGCUUACGGUGUUGGCCACUGCCGCUUCCGAGUUCACCGACGGUGAAGCCCAGUUUCGACUCCUGGUUGCCAUAGGAACACUAUGUGAUACAGACGAAGAAGUUAGGGACCUUUCUCGUGCUCUAGAGCUUCCAGAGAAGCUACAGAAAUUGAGUGGUGUCCAAGAACCCGGUAAGGUGGCCAGGUGCACAAGCCAAGUGCUCGCCCUACUUCAGUGAACCGGUGAUGUAUGUUGUUGUUGUUGUUCUUUAGUUGCAGUUUCGUACUGCAGCUUGCUUUCCUGGAUAAGUGGGGUUACCGGGUUGGGGCGUGUGAACCAGACUGAGAGGCCUCUGUUUGUGGAUGAUGGUGGAUUGAUAUGGUUGCAUAAACUUCGUUACUGUUUAUCUAACAUGCAACUGGUCACUGUGCCGUAGCCGUUGCAUAAAGACAUUGGUGCGACACAAGUGCGAUAGCGUCUGUGCCUGAUGAUGCAGUAUACUGUUUUUCAAACAUUUUCUGGUUUAUAGUAAUAUCUGUAAUGAGACUUCACUAGCGGGAUGGAAAUAAGUGCAGCAGUAAUCUAGUCCUCUGGCUACUAGGAAGGGAUAACUUCAAAAUCCGGGCAAGUUGGCAACAUUGAUUACGCCAGUUUAGUUUGGGGAAUGCUGAAAUAUCGACAUCGCCUGGAACGAGGUUAGCGUUCUUGUUUCAAGGCUGGUCUUCAGAACAGCGGGAGAUUGUACGACCUUGUUUUUAACGAGCAUCAUAUUACUGCAGGUGGACCCAAUUUUGUCAACAUGUGUGUGCCCAGUCCUUGUGCUGUUUCCUUGAUUGAUAGGAUGCCAGCAGAGCAAGAAUUUCUUAGAGAAAACUGUUUGCCUUUAUAAAGUCAAAGUUGAGUGUGAGGAAGUGUUGUGUGGGAAGUGCUGUACACAGAAAAGGUAUAGCACGUUAUAUGCACGAUCAGCUGAAAGGUGCUUGAAAUUUAGCACUGUAUCAUAUCUACUGCAAAGUCUUGCUUCCCCCCUUUUGCACAAUAAUAGCUCAGACACUGCACUGUCUAUGUCUGUGCAACAUUAUGCAUUUGCUUCUGCGUGCACAGUUUUCCCGUCGGUGCAGAAGUAGAAGAUAUAUAACUCUCAGCACAGGUGCCUCUAUAUGCAUUUUAACAGAACUGGUGAAUGUGCUACAUGACAGAAUUUUGCUCAGUUGGGACUGUGCUGGAAAGUACUGUUUAUGCUGCAGCACUUAAAGGAGUGAACAUACCAAACCUAGGAAGGAAGUAUUGCAUGCACAAAAACUUUCCUUUUCCAACAAGCAGCUUGCUAUAAUGCAUUUUGUUUGGUCUUUUGUGAUAUUCAAUUUGAUUCUGUUUGUUGUGGUUGUUCUCUCAUCAACCUGUAACCCAAAUUUUUAUUCAUUUGGCAAGACCAUUCACUUUUUUUGGAUAACCCUGCAAAGUGGUCGUCAUAAUUGAACUAUAAAAAAUGUGGACACUGUGGACUGUGCAAUACCUGAUUUACGACACAGCAAAUGACUCACAGCUGCAUACCUAAUAUUAAAGUCUCAGCGACGGACAAGUUAACGAUAGCACCCAGCAUCUGUUGUACCACGGUCAGCAAGUUGUCCGCAUCUUUCCAGAAUAAAGCCGCAGGUACGACCAAAUUGAUAAUCUAAAGUUGUAGUGUACUACAGUCGAGUAAUUCUGCAAUAAUAACCAAAUUAUGUUGUGUCAGAAGUAGUUAUCAUGGUGCACGUGUUGUGUGCACCAAUUUUGGAAAUAAAUGAAAACAUAAAAGGGCUCGUUACAAACAAACGGAAUCUACGAUCAACAAACUUUGCUCAUGCGGAACGCCGUUUUACAGAUUUCUGCAGUCAUAGCAUGGCUGGCACAGGGUCAAAUAUUUUCAUGCUGCAUUUGCUGCCGAUAAUGAAGAGUGGCACUUGGUCAUAUUGGUCCACCCGAACAAAACCAGGCAGAGCUUGAAUUUUCAUGUUACAAAGUAAAAAAAAAGAAAAAAGAAAUCUAUGUGAUGUGUGCCUUUUAUAUGUUGAUUACAUGUUGGAAGUGCACCUUCCUACCUGAACAAAGUUACAGUUCACACUUGUAUUAAAUCCUGAGUAUCAGGGUAGGGUAGUGUUACACAGAUCACAGAUACAAUGCUAUUAAAGGCCUUUCCCAGUGACUGAAAUGUGAA